AUGGUAGGCUUGACAACCGAUGGCGCUCCAGCUAUGGUAGGUUGUGAUAAGAGUCUGGUGGCGCUAUGUCGUAAAGAUGAAACUUUUCCGCAAUUUCUCUGUUACCAGUGCAUUAUCCAUCAGCAAGCAUUAUGUGGAAAUUUCCUGAAACUAAACAACGUAAUAAAACUGAUGGUAAAAAUUGUGAACAAGAUUAGAGCUCAAGCGUUACAAAGAACGCACAUGUGGUGCUACCGCCGUAUACUAAGAAUAAGUUGGGUAGGUAGAAUUACAAAUAAAGAGGUAAUACGCAGAAUAAAUAACGAUCCAGAGGUUAUUAUGAAUAUAAAAAAGAGAAAACUUGAAUACUUAGGCCACCUGAUGAGAGGACAAAAAGGACGGGUGCUGAAACGUUUUAAUGAUAUCAUAUUUGGCAUAGUUCAAUUUUUCAAACAACGCGAUGAACCGACUCCGGAACUAGAAAAUUCAAUCUGGCUUAGAGAUUUUGGUUUUCUCGUGGACAUUACAGAGAAAUUAAACGAACUUAAUUUGCAGCUUCAGGGGAGAGACAAAGAACUAGAGGAAAUGAUAUCUUAUAUAAAAGCAUUUAUCAAAACGCUGGAAAAAAAUAUCUUAAAACCAUUAGAACCCUACGACAACAAAUAUCAUGUAGAAAUAAUUUCUACCCUGAAGAAUAACUUCAAAACUCGUUUUAAGGAUUUCAAUGAAAUGACUUUAGUAGCGCAGUUUGUUGUUUCACCCUUUAUGGAAAUUGAUAUCAAGCAGUUUGCAGCUUGUGUUAUGCAGAACUUUGGCGAAGACAUCGCUGCAACAGAAAUGGAAGUCAUUGAGUUUCAAAAUGAUUUAGCCUUAAUAUCGUUAGUCUCAAGUACUGAAUGUAUCUGGCCUAUUGUAAGUAAAGACAAAUAUUCAGUUCUAUUCCAUCCAUGUUGCCAUGAAAUUAAAAGCAUUAUUCAGUUCAACCUAUUUGUGUGA